AUGACUAUCAAACCUGUGGUCAAUCAAAAAAGUGCUAAAGAGGAAACGCAAGAGGGUGCGCCUCAGAACGUCCACGGUGUGGGUAAUGCUGGAGUCCGAACGUCGCACCGUAAUGUGGUGCUUAAUCAGCUGUCGUCAUCGGAAUCACAAGCACUGCCGAGGGAAAAACGGGUGCUUACACCCCACAGCUUCGACAAUGACAGCGUAGUACGUCACCGUAGGAGCCCACACAAAAACCUCGGACGCCUAAAACGGGAGCACUAUCACAAACGGGAGAGCCGUGAGCGUGAAAAGACGACUGGAUCACCUAGCUACCAUCAUCAUGUUCUGCCGCCGUCUGCAAGUGGCAAGAAACAGUCCGGUUCUAGCUCGAGUUCACACGCCGCAGCCUCGGGAGGCUGUCGUUCCCCGAAAAGCACCCAUCAACCGUCAGGAACGAGCGGCCCAUUACUAUCCGGACACCAGGGGGUGGUGGGUAACGGCUCGUCAGGAGGCGACCUGAACGCCGUGCUCGAAGAAGUUCGCUCGGGGUAUAACAGUGGCGAUGAGUACAUCGACCAGAAAGACGCCCAGCUAACAGCGGACGAUUGGAAGAAGCGCGAUGAAGGAUUCGCAAAGGUCCUGUCCGAGCGUGGGUUCAUCCUGCAGGACAUGGAAGAGGAUGGAGCGUGUCUGUUCCGAGCAAUUUCGUUGCAAAUUUAUGGCGAUCAAAAUAUGCACGAAGCCAUCCGCCAGCAGACGAUGGAUUACAUCUAUCAAAAUCGAGAGUACUUCGCACAGUUUGUAACCGAAGACAUUGCCGAUUAUGUCGAACGUAAGCGCGCUAACCACGUGCACGGUAAUCACAUAGAAAUUCAAGCGAUGUCUGAAAUGUAUAACAGAUCCGUGGAGCUGUAUUGCUAUCAAACCGAACCAACCAAUAUAUUCAAUUCGGAGCAAAUCAACAACGGAAACGAACCGUUCCGGCUAUCUUAUCAGCGUAGCUCGCACUAUAACGCCAUCAUCAAUCCGUACAAAGCGUCGGUAGGUGUGGGGCUUGGUCUCGCUGGUUACCGACCGGACGAGCUGGACAUCAAGGAUGUGGCAGAUGCGGUGCGCAUGAGCGAAGAGCUCGAAAUCGAAAAGACCAUGCUCGAGGACAAGCUAAAGACAACGGAUUGGGAGGCGACGAACGAGGAAAUUGAAGAACAGAUCGCUCGCGAAUCAUACGCCCAGUGGUGCCGCGACAACAAACGCCGAAUCGGUGGUGGAGGCUGUGGCGGGGGUGGCAGCAGCCAGAACAAAAGCACCAGCAGUACGAUCACGUCAACCGAAAUGAUGGCAGCAUGCGCGAGCGGUUCCCAGGCAGCUUCCUCGUUUCUGCUCGAGCUACGAAAGUCACCUUCCGCCAGUCUCGCGAACCAGCAGUCGGCGGGACAUAUGAGCGAUCGAGGCGCGUGUUCGUCCAGCUCCAAGAAUAGCUCGUUCGAGCUGGAUUGUUGCUCACCACCGGCUUCCACGCAACAGCAGGGCAGCACUACCGGUGACUGUGGUGCGUCCUAUUCCAUGCAGAAGCAACAGCAGCAGUACUAUUACGGAUCGAGCACGAACGGCGGCAGUAAUCUCGCCGGUGGCAAUAGCACACCCUGCAACGGAGAGUGCAAUCGGCGAAAAAAACGCAUUCUCAAUUCACCUGUCGAAAAACCCAGCAACGCGGAAACGAAGAAAUGCAAGGCAAAUAGCAAUCGCACAACGAGCGCCUCGAACAGUCCCCGUCGUUCCGAGAGUCCCACAGACGGUAAAUCACCUGCACCAUCGCCUCCGGGUACUUCGAGUACGACAACCCCCGCCAGGGAUAGCGGAGAAGAAAGCUGUGGUAGCGGUGGGGCAAGUAGAGGAGCACCACAAUUACCCCGCGACGAAACACCGAUGUCCGAGUUCUAUCAAUCUCUGCUGGAAUCCUCCUACACCGAUGAUGGCAGUUUCGGACAGCUAUCGGAGCGGGAAAUGAUCCAGAAAGCUUUGGAAGAAUCAGCGAUGGACUUUGUGAAGCGAUGCGACGGCACAAAGACCUUUCAAGAGGACAAGUACGGUACGACAGAUGAGGAGUACGAUUCACCGUCCCCGUAGAAGAGCGCAGGCUAGAAAGAUCCCACGUGAUAAUGCACAUG